UGGUUUUGUUUUUUCACCCUCCAUACUAAGAGGAAAUAAAGCAUCUUUGUGGUGUGUGAAUAAUUUUCAGUGGUUUCCACACAUUUGUGCAUCAACUGCUGAACAUGACGGACCUCUGCAGCCCCAGGACCCUGCUGUUCUGGGCUGGGAUCAUUGCUUUGGCCAGCUCUCAAACCGCCCCAACAACCACAGCUCCUCCUGCAAGCACCUCAAAUGAGACCUCACCCCCACCCACUCCACCCAGCAACUCCUCUGACUCUCAGGCCUCACCUACAGACACCACAGAGACAGCUACCACUGAAGCCGCCGAGACGACUCCUGAGCCUCCAAAGUGUUCCUACAAUGUCACACCCAUCGAGUUUGGACUGCAGAUUAAUGUGAUGAACUCCCCCCCUGGUGAAUACAACAUCAGUAUUAUUGAAGGAGGUCGACGAGUGAUUGAAGAGACGUUCGACUUUACUCACUCUGGUCAACAAGACAUCCAACGCCUGAAGCCCUGUACUGAAUAUGAGCAUCAAGUUGCAUUUAUUCACAGUGAUGGCAAUAAAACACUCCAGUGUACCUCCAAUGGAGAUAAAACUGAAACAAAAGAAAUGAGUAAAACAGACAUUACAGUGCAAAGCAACAAAAAUGGAUGUGUUUGUUACCAGAGCAACUGGAACAUCAGCUCUUCAAUAUCAGCACCAAAUGUAGCUUCAGCUGAUCAGUGCAGCAGUGACAGUAAAAGCUUCUGUGUCAAACACAGAGACAUCUGCUCUGAUUUUGAAACAACCUUCACUUCAGGAAACUGUCCUUCACUUAGCAUCACCACAAACAUCAUUGUUGAUUUAUAUAAUUUAACUGAAAUACAGCAAAGUCCUUCCACUGGACUUCCUGCAAACAUUGAUCCAACGUUACCAACGAUACCAGAGUGUGAAAACCUCUCAGUCGAUUACACCUGUUCAGAAAAAGACAAACCUGAUGAGGUGAACAAACCGCUGUCUGAGCUGGAGCCCUUCAGAAACUACAGAUGUUCUGGUCUGAUCGUCAUCAACAACAUCCCCACAGUUUACACAACUCCACCCGUCCACCUUAACACUGACUGUGAUCUUACAAUAAACUUUAAGGAGGAAACAACUAAUACUUCCAUUGAACUGAGCUGGAAAACAACCAGUAAGAACUGUAAUGGUGUCCUUCACAAUUUUUUAUAUGACUGCAGUUGUUCUCCCGGUGAUAAAACAGGAAUCACAAAGCUUCAGUCUGACGGAGGAACGUGUGAUAUUACUGAUCUCACACCAUUCACUGAUUAUAAAUGUGGAGUCCAACCCAAAUACAAAGACAAGAUAGUUCCCAUUAAAAAGGAAGUUCAACUGAAAACUGCUCCUGGAGACAAUGACAAAGCUGUCGUUGGUUUUUUGAUCUUCCUCAUAUCCGCCGCUCUGCUUCUGCUGGCCUGCGUGAACUACAGGAAGCUCAGAAAGUGUAGGAGGUAA